AGUUUAUUUCUUUCAAAUGUCCCGUAAACUGUGUGCUCUUUACAGUCAUAAAUGGCUGUGGCGAAACCACUAUCCCUUUUAGCAAAGCCUGGUUAGGAUGCUUUGAGCGAUUGCAACUAGCAAAUCUUUUCAACUUUGAGCGACUGCGAAACCACUGGAUUGCCUUGGCUAUAGGAGAUGGGAACAAAUCUCGAUGAUGAUGGGUUGGAUUCACUUCCAUGAGAUGAGAUAAGUUUCGUUUCGACAAUCCAUUUGCUGUGGAUGGGAAAAGGGCCUGGAGGAUCCAUCAGUUGUUGAUGGGCUUCUUGAUUACCAAAUAAAGUUGCUUAAUUCGAUCUUUUACCCAGGGUUUAAGCUUAUAAACUAGUUAACAAUUCAAGGAGACAUAUAGUGAGAUCCAAUGCUUGAUUAGAAGUACCACAAAUAUGGAGUCUGGACUCUAUCGUGCAGCAAUCUCAGAUGAUCGGGAUUUCUUCAGGAGACUCACCUCCUCUGAUGCAAAUAUCCUGCUUCAGGUUACAUCACUUCAACAAGACACCAUUCUCCAUGUUGCAGCAAAGUUCAGAAGGAAGGAGAUAGCAGCAAUGAUCAUGAAUUUGCUACCAUCACUUGUGUAUAAAAAAAAUUCAAAAGGUGACACCCCACUUCAUAUUACAGCGAGGUUAGGGAGUUUAGAAGUUGUGCAGGUCCUAAUAAGUUAUGCCUGUUGUGAAAGGCUGGAACUUGAAGCCAACGAGAAUCUAUUGAGAACGGUGAAUAUGGACCGCAACACAGCCCUUCAUGAAGCUGCGAGGAAAGGUCACUUUGAGGUUGUGGUUUCACUGAUUCAGAAGGAUCCAGAUUUGGCAAUGUUGACAAAUAAUGCUGGGGAAUCUCCACUAUUCCUCGCUGUGGAUAAAAUGCAUUUUAGAAUUGCUAGCUACAUCUUAGAAACUGUUCCAGGUUGCUCUUUCCAGGGAAGGAACAAAAUGAACGCCUUGCAUGCAGCAGUCAUUCGCUCAUAUGUCCAUGGUAAAGAAAUGAACACACAUGUCAAACAGUUGAGGAAUCCUCUCUUUUUUGUCGUCCACCUUUCAGUCAGGGACUGUGUCAGGUUCAUUCGCUUUGGAGUAGCAACAUUGCUCAGAAGGGAUAUUCAACAGGACCAUGUUACAGAUUUCAUUAAACAGUUGAUUAAGAAGCAUCCGUCUACUAUAAUAGAAGCCAACAACAUUGGAUGGACCCCUUUUCACUAUGCAGCAUACGCAGGUCAGGAAGCCAUUGUCAAAGAGUUGCUGUUAGCUGACAAUUCCACAGCUUGCACUAAAAACGGGGAGGGAAUGGCUGGCCUUCAUGUCGCUGCAAGAGAAGGGCACAUACCUGUUCUGAAAAUGAUAGCAGAAACUUGUCCAGACAUUUGGGAUUUGAAAGACAACAAUGGGCGGACAGCUCUUCAUGUUGCUGCUGAAAGUGGAAAGGCAAAGGCUGUCAAGUUUAUUUUGAAACAGGUUGCUGAGGAUAAUAUAAAUGACCAAGAUAAUGAAGGAAACACUGCGUUGCAUUUAGCAACUUUGCAGGGACAUGGGAAGAUCUUUCUAUUGCUGACAAAUGAUAAAAGGGCAGACAAGACAAUCAUGAACGAGGAUUUUCUUGCUGUUGUGGACAUCAUUGAUUCAAGGAGAGCAAUCAACUUUUUCAGACAGGGUUGGAUGAUAUUUCAGUUGUCAAUUGCUGGUGGUUUAGCAAGUUUAGAACAGGGUCGCGCCAAGAAAAUUGAAGCAAGAACAAAGCCAGAAAGGGGCAUUGUCAAAAAUCAUGGGGAUGAAGAGGUUGAAGAUAAAAGAUUAAAAACCGAGGGAGAAGAAGUUUUAUCCUUUAACCAUCUGAGGAAUAUGGCUGGUACCAAUAUAUUGGUAUCAACUCUCAUAGCCACUGUCUCAUUUGCAGCAGCUUUCACUCUUCCUGGAGGAUACAAAAACGAUGGACCUGAUGAGGGGCUGCCAGUUUUUAUCAAGAAAGCAUCCUUCAGAGCAUUUGUAGUGAGUAACACCAUAGCUUUUUCUUGCUCGAUCGCGUCGUUGAUUUUUCACAAUUUCACUGCCUUGUUGGUGAAACGUAACACCAUUGCAUUCUGGACAUAUUUUGCAAUGGUAUUCUCCAGCUUUGCUAUCUGUGGGAUGUUUAUAGCUUUUAUUGCAGGCUCCUUUGCAGUGUUAGGUGAUUGCACUGCUCUAAUCAUGGCAAUUUUCUUAAUUUGUUGUUUCAUGUUUGCUCUGCAGUUCCCUCCCUUACUGUCAAUAGAUUUACUAACUAUAUGAUAUUUCACUUGCCGUCUUGUGACACACAAUAAUUAGUUGACUAUGGCAUGUAAAGGUAUCAGGAUAGGUUGAAAUUAUGUUUCCUGUCUUACAGUACCUGGGAAAGUCCUUGCAGCUAAGAAAUAUAUUUUGCAACUGGUUCAUCAGCUGGUUUUGAUUAAUUAAUGAUAUGGUCGCUUGCCCACUUUGC